UUUUUUGUUGGUUCAUUCCCUCUGUUUCUCUCUCUCUCUCUCUCUCUCUCUCUCUCUCUCUCGCUUCUAGCAAUAUCACAGCAACGCUAGCAACGAUUUCAAUUGACUCAGAAGGAAUUCCCCUCGUUCUACUUUCUAAACUUUGUUGUGGUGUAAUUUAUAUCAUUCCACUCCUCAAAUAUCACUAUAAACCUUUCUGCAUUUCAGCGUCAAUGGAGGAUUUUGGUAAACAGUCCUUGAACUCACUGUUACAGUCCAUCCUUUGAGUUCCGAAUUCCUGUUUCAUAAAGUCUUGAAAUUUAUGUUAAGCCGGAGCUUGGUCCAUACUUGAUAUUCGUUGAAUAUUCAGCUGGGUCGCUAAAUUCGUCGAAAUAAAGUGUUUUCUUCACUGUGGUUGGAGAUUUAAGAAGUGGGUCGGAGUUGAAAACUACCUCAAUUUGUCAGAGAAUUAGAUUUACAUGCCCACACCUUGUCCUCAGUGACUUGGACAGCCUUUGCUUCAGUCGGGAAUACCUCAGCUAUUUGAAGAGAUGUGGUCAGCCUGCAUUCAGCUAGAAUGAAGACUAUGCAGAGCACACAAGAAAGACAAUCCUCGACUCAGGUUUCACAUGAGUCCCAAGAUGACCAACCAAACAAUCACACAACUGAGGCUCCUGUAACAGAUUCAGCUUCAGUAUCUACUUCAAGCAAUGAUGGCAAAAAAGUUUCACGCGAAGAUAUUGAACUUGUCCAGAAUCUAAUAGAGCGGUGUCUACAGUUGUAUAUGAAUAGAGAUGAGGUGGUUAAAACCCUCUUGACUCGUGCAAGGAUAGAUCCUGGAUUCACAACUCUUGUAUGGCAGAAGUUGGAAGAAGAAAAUGCUGAUUUUUUCAGGGCCUAUUAUAUAAGGCUAAAGUUGAAGAAACAAAUCAUACAAUUCAAUAAUCUGCUUCAGCAUCAGUAUCAUCUGACGAAGUAUCCAGGAGCUCCAAAGGUUCCUUUGGCCCCUAUACAGAAUGGGAUUCAUCCCAUGCCUGUUAACAGCUUACCUAUGGGAUACCCUGUGCUACAGCAACCUCCAAUUCCGGCAGCAGGUCAACACCAUCUUGAUCCGAUGGGCUGUGGAAUAUCAAGCUGUCAUGUGGUUAAUGGAGUCCCUGCACCAAGCAAUUUUCAUCCCAUUCGGAUGAACUCUGGGAACAAUAUGGUGAUGGAGAGCAGUGCUGCUGAUGUGGCUCCUAUUAUUCCGCCAAACGGCACCAUGUCAUCCAUGUCAGAGAUGCCUGUGAGUCCUACAUCAGUGGCAUCCAGUGGCCAUUUCCCCUUCACUGCAUCAGAAAUAUCAGGGAUGGGAGUAGACACAUCAGCACUUGAUACAGCAUUUACAUCAGAUGUGGCGAGUUCAGUAGGAUUGCAACUAGCACCAGGUGGUGGGGCAGGAAAUUCCAGGGAUUCUUUUAGAUCACUGGAUCAGAUCCAGUGGAAUUUCAGUUUAUCAGAUCUAACAGCAGAUUUAUCGAACUUAGGAGAUUUAGGAGACUUGGGUAAUUAUCCUGGCUCUCCCUUCUUGCCAUCGGACUCAGAAAUUUUGCUUGAUUCUCCUGAGCAAGAGGAUAUAGUGGAGGAGUUCUUUGUUGAUUCCGUCCCUGGACCAUGUUCUCAAUCAGAUGAGGAGAAACCCCAAAGGUGAGAGCAUCCUGUUUCACUAUAGACUUGUUAGGAUAGGAUAAAGUUUGGAUUAAUAAAUAAGAAUUUGACAUUCAUUUACUUUCCAUUCUGGGGUUUUGUUAUUAACAAAUUUGAACAUUUGAGCAUUGUAGUUAGCUAGAUUGCGUGCAAGUGAGAAAGUAGUCAUGCCAAUACAAGUUAUGACUUUCUUGUAAUAACCUUUUUUCAGAAAGCUUUAUCAUCUAGAAAACCAUAUUUAUCUGUAAUCUUGUAUUUGGCUACAUUGAUGGGACAUUGCUAUUUUAAGCUACAAGUUAUGCUACCA